AUGGGUUCCUCGGAGCUUCCGUCUAAGAUGAAGGCGCUGAAAUACGAUCAGCCUGAGAAGUUCAGCGUCGUCGAAGUGCCUCUGCCAAAACUGCGUGACAACGAUGUCCUUAUCAAAGUCAAGGCUUGCGGCGUGUGCGGUACCGACUUGCACAUCCACGAAGGAGAGUUUCUGGCCAAGUUCCCGUUGAUCCCUGGUCAUGAGACGGUCGGUGUCGUGGCAGCGGUUGGACCCAAGGUCAAGGGCUUCAACAUUGGUGACCGUGUGGUUGCCGACAACUCCGAACUCUGCGGAGAGUGCUUCUACUGUCGUCGAGGAGAGGAGCUGCUCUGCGAGGACUUCCAGGCUCAUGGUGUCACCAUGGAUGGCGGGUUUGCCGAGUACUGCGCCUAUCCGGCCAAGCGGGUAUUCCACAUCCAGAACCUCUCCGAUGUUGAUGCCACUCUCCUCGAGCCGGCCUCCUGCGCGGCCCACGGGCUCGACAAGAUUGCACCCAAGAUGGGCUCCAGUGUGCUCAUGUUUGGGGCGGGACCUACAGGUCUGGUGUUAGCUCAGAUGCUCCGUCAGAACGGUGGUUGCAAGGUCGUUAUUGCAGCCCCCGAGGGCUUGAAGAUGGAUUUGGCCAAAUCGUUGGAUGCAGCGGAUGAGUACGUCGCACUGUCGAGAAAGGACCCCAGCGCACAGUUCGAGAAGCUCAAGAAAGACAACCCAUACGGCUUCGACAUUGUCGUCGAGGCGACGGGCAGCGUCAAGAUCCUCGAGGAUGCCAUCAACUAUGUUCGAAGAGGCGGGAAGCUCGUCGUGUAUGGCGUGUACGGCAGCAAGGACCGUGUUACGUGGCCGCCGUCCAAGAUCUUUGGCGACGAGAUCACCAUUCUCGGCUCCUUCAGCGAGACUUACAAGUUCCCUGCUGCCAUUGACUACCUUGACUCCGGAAAGGUUAAGGUCAAGGGUAUCGUCAACAAGACAUUCAAGCUCGAUCAGUGGGCCGAGUGUCUUGAGUCGAUGAAGAACAAGAGCGCCAUCAAGGCAGCCAUUGUUUUCGACUAG